AUGUCUUUUCUUGUGUCUCAAAUUCUCAACCGCUUUCAGCUGAACGUGUUUGACACGCAACGCGGAAGGGCAAAACGGGCGACUCGGGUUAGACGCGAUGCGGACAAGAAGCCGGCCAAACACAAGGUCAUAUACAAGCCUGUAUACGCGCGUUGUCUAUGCUCAGAGCAGGCGGCCGAAUGCGUACCGUUUCUCACUGCCCCCGAGGUGAAGGAGACGUUGUGCAUCUGCUACUACGACAUCUACACCAGAACCGCAUGGCCAUGCUACUCGGAGAAGAACUGGCGAAGCGAGUGGUGUUCGCACUGUAACUUCGACGGCUACUGCUCUGCUGCGAUCACUGACCAAUAUAACCUGAGUCACACGCCGUCAGAGCCGUGCAUCUGCAACGGCUUCACGAGUCACUGUCUGGCGACCAGGAACGAAACCUUUGGAAGCAUGUGGACCAACAGCCUGAAGCCGAAAGAAUGGUAUCCGUAUGUGACCACCCCUCCGCCUUCUGAACCGCCGCCGAUUACCGAACCGGCCGCGGAGGUUACCGAAGACCCGACGUACUUGGAAGCGAUGGGAUUUGAGGGGGUUACGGACGACAUCGCCAAGGCGGGCAUCGCUCAAGAAAAUACGCUGUUCAUCAUGGCCAACCUUUCGGACGAGGUGAAGACGAAACUGUCGUACGGCAAACAAGAGUUCAUUCAGCAGUGCUCGUUCAACGGUCGACAGUGCAACGUUGAAAGUUAUGUAGAUUUCAAAAUCCACAUCGAUCCGGUGUUCGGCAACUGCUACAAGUUCAACGCAGACGUCACGCACAAACGAAGCACCACCAGGGCGGGACCGAUGUACGGCCUUUCGCUGGUCGUUUACGUUGACGUCGACGACUACCUGCCGACUACCAAGGCGGCCGGCGUGCGAGUCGCCGUGCACCCGCAGGAGGAGUACCCGUUUCCGGACACUUUUGGGUACAACGCGCCGACUGGCUUGCAGUCGUCGUUCGGCAUCCGGCUGAAGAAGAUAGAACGACUGCCGCAGCCGUAUGGCGACUGCAUCCGCGAGGGCAAAACCGAGGACUACAUUUACCGCGACUACGUGUACACGCUUGAGGGAUGCUACCGAAGUUGUUUCCAACACACUUUGAUCGAGAAGUGCGGCUGUGGCGAUCCUCGUUUUCCGGUCCCCGUCGGUCAGCAACACUGUCGCGUAGACGACGGAUUCGCAAGUAAUUCCCUCAGUGAACUUCCGAGCCUCAUCGACCUGACCCGACCUUCGUCUCUAACCUUGCGUUUCAUAGGAAGCUGCCUGCAAAACGCGACCAGGGAAGUUGGCGGGCUGCAUGGCCAUUUCACCAGCCACUGUGUUUGUCAACAGCCAUGCACGUAA